AUGCCUGCCCCCGCGUACAUCAUCUCGAGGGUGGCCGAUCCCGUGUUUGCCGUGUUCAUUGGCAUGUCGGCUGCCGCGAUGCGCAUCAGUCGGGAGGAAAAGGCAAAGGGAUACACGACCCAGCAGACCAUCGACAACGGCUUGCGGCGUAUCGGGUUUUCAAAAAAAGAGACGGCAUGA